AUGGCUGUUGCCUCGCCUUUUUCAUCAAACAAAUGGAGUAACAGCAUCCUCUGCAUUUUUGCUCUGAAAGAGCUGGUCGUCGGAAUCAUCCAUGGGUUCAAAGCGGAUGGCGGAGUUGAGAGUAUUGCUGGAUACCCUCUUUCGACAUCUGGGUGCGCGGAUGAAAUGCUCUUCGCCAUCAACUUCCUGUCGGAGAAAAACGUGCUGGUGUUUAUGUUUGUGCUUGUGAUUUCCCUCCGCGCCUCGGACUUGACCCAGUAUACUAUCGCUGUGCUCACCGGAAAUCACAUUCAUCAAAGGUUGAUGCUGGCAUAUCGUCCGGGUCUGAUCGACCGCUUGCUCCCGAAUGCUCCUGGCAGACACAACAUCUGGGCGGUCCCAUUGAUACUUAUAGUGGCCUUACUAGUGUACCUCUACGAGCGCAAACCAAAGUCUUCAGAGUCAGCUCUUCAGGAGAGCUUCUUGAAGCAAAAGAGAUCCAUGUGA